AUGUUAAGGGGUAGAAGUGAAUUUUCUUUGGAUGAUGAUAAGGGAUUGAUGACCAUAAAAGUUCCUCCUGAUAAAGGUUAUCGUUCUAAUAAUGAGAGUUUGAGAAACUCUAAGAGGAUUAUGGUUGAUAUAGAGGAUUCUGAAAUGGAGGAGCCUUCAAAUAUUCCUCUUAAUGUAGUGAUUUCUCCACGUUCUAUAACUAGAGUUGAUUCUAGAGGUAACUCGGUGCCUAACUCUCAUGUUUAA